UCAGAGCGAUGGAGCGCCUGCAAAGAAGAGAUCGAAGCUCAGAGGAGAGACAGAGAGAGAGAGAAGAGAGAGGAAGGUCGCGGUUUCGGUCUUGUUCGUCCGAAAGUCUCAGCCUUUCGCGCUCCGUCGCCGUCGCCGCCUCGAUUCCUUGAAGGGUUCUCGGUUCGAAGGCGAGAGGAGAGGGAUAGACGGAGGAUUCGAAUGCUGUUGCUCGGUGGGGAAUCGGCGGGGAUGGUGGUUUCCGAUGCGGUGGCGAACGCUUCGUCCCUUCCGGCGGUCCCCAUCUCCAGGGACUUCGCCAAGAAGAAGAGGGCCAACAGGUCGGCCAAGCUGAAGCAGUGCAAGCUCGACGCCCGGCGGGAGCAGUGGCUUUCUCAGGUGAAGAAGAAAGGAGGGAAGGAGGCUUGGGACGGCUGUCAUGGGCGGGGGAAUGAAAGUUAUUGCUCGAUGGGGAAUGGGGACGUGACGAGGGUGGCAGAUGCGGAGCGUUAUGGGUCGUUCGACCGGGAGAGUGAUUCGGAGUUUCGGUCGGACAGACCUGUCGGUUUUAAUAUUGUGCCGGGCAAACAUGAAUCAGGGUCCAGCUAUGGCGGUAGCAGCACCAGCUGCAGCAGCAGCGCCGGUUGCUGUUCCGGGAGUAUUACAGAAGAGGAGGAUGGGAAUGACGAUUGCUUGGAUGAUUGGGAAGCAGUGGCUGAUGCCUUGGCUGCUGAUGAUGACCGCAAGACUCCGCCCUUUGACCUGUCUCAGGAAGAAAAAUCUACUGGUAGAUCAGAGUCUUGUGGUGUGAUCCCAAACGAUUCUGAAAGAUCAAUGUGUGAGGGUUUGAGAACGGGUUCAAAGUUUGCUCUGGUGAAUUCCCAAGCAUGGAGACCUGACGAUGCUUUUCGGCCACAGAGUCUGCCCAAUUUGUCAAAGCAACACGGUAUUUCCAAUUCAAGUCGGUGUCAUGAUGAUGGCGGAGUCCCCUGGUUUUGCCCAGGUGUCUUGCCGGCGCCUACUUCUUGUCCCAUUUGCUAUGAAGAUUUAGACUUAACAGACUCUAGCUUCUUGCCUUGUUUUUGUGGGUUCCGUCUAUGCCUUUUCUGCCAUAAGAGGAUUCUUGAGGAGGACAGCCGCUGCCCAGGUUGCAGAGGGCCCUACAAGCAGGAUCCUGUCAAAGCAGAGGGGAGUUUGCAAGGUGACCUGGGAACUACCUGUUGACUCAUUUUUACAGCAACGCCUAGCUCUUAGGAAUUCUGUCCUGUUAUAAACGACGAAUUUGGUCUGUCCUUCUCUGAUGUCUGUUCAGCCUUUAACUAGGUUUAAUGUCUGAUUUUCAUGGACGUACACAUGUUGUUUUCGAGUAUCUGAGGUGAGUUGCUUCUCUUGAGAGUGAGUUAGGUUAUUUUUACCUGUAAGAAGGAUGUCCUGUUGUAGAGGACUCGUUUUGCUAUGUGAAUAUGCGAGGCGAUAUGGGAAAUUCAAAAGGCAUCAAUGGGUUCCUUUCAUCAAAUAGAUCCUCUCCCUUCCAAUUCUAUGUUAUGCAAUUUUCGGCUCUUUAACUACUAGAGGCUACCGUUGAUUUAUGUUGUUGAAGAAACUGAUACUACCUUGUACUAAGAAUUGAUAAAGUCCGACAGGAAAUGAAUUUGAGAUGCUUUACGA